AUGAGCCACCUCCUCUCACUCCUCCGGCAAGCCGCCACCAUCUCCCCCGCAGUCUCCAUGUCACAAUCAUCACCGUCCACCCGAUCGUUGUCACCUCCGAAUCCAACCACCUAUUCGCCUUCCUCUUCGUUCACCUCUUCGUCCAUCCUGGCGAGCUGCACACGCCGGCUGUCGCCGCCAUCCAAAUCCCAACGUCGGCUUCUUCCUCAAUCGAUUGGUCCAAAUCCAUCCCAUCGUCGUCGCCUUCCAGAUCCCGCCGCCACCAUCGUCUUAUCGCUCAGUCGCCCCGUCCAAAUCCCGUCAUCGCCAGCGCCUCCGUCCAGAUCCGCCGCCGGAUAG